AUGUGCGCGUAGAGAGCAUCGACUACUUGCAUGUAUCAGCUAGUAUCGGCGUGUAGACCUACUACUACUGUCUAGAAGGUAGUACUACUACUGUGUAGGAGGUAGUACUACUUAGUGUUUAGGAGGUAGUACUACUAGUUAGUAGUAUUGACGUGUGGAAGUGAGUACUAGCGUGUAGGAAGUAGUUUUAUUAGUGUGUGGAAGUGAGUAUUAGCGUGUAUAAAGUCGUAGUAUUAGUGUGUAGAAGUGAGUAUUAGCGUGUAUAAAGUAGUAGUGUUAGUGUGUGGAAGUGAGUAUUAGCGUGUAUAAAGUAGAAGUAUUAGUGUGUAAAAAGUAUUUGUGUUGAAAGCGGCGAGCGGAGCUUGAAGACCGUUUUUGACAUCGAGGACUAAGUUGAUUUUUUUUUUGCCUUCCCGGAGAUUUUUUUUUGGAGGAUUUUGAGAAGAUUCUCGAAGAAGUUUGAUCACUUUUUUCCAGGAUGAGGCAGUAUAAAGGCUGGAGUAGGUUCCUGCUGUUGCUGCUUUUACUUGAGUGGGUUUCCGCACAGAAGUUACCAACGAGAGAUGAAGAACUUUUUCAGAUGCAAAUCAGAGACAAAUUUUUGUUCCACGAUUCUUCUGUCGUUCCUGACGGCGCCGAGAUCAGCGGCUUCCUCUUCAGGGACACGCCCAAAAGGUACUACUUUGUGGUGGAAGAAGACAACACACCACUGUCAGUGACGGUGACACCCUGUGAUGCUCCUCUGGAGUGGAAACUGACCCUGCAGGAACUUCCUGAGGACGCCAGCGGAGAAACUUCAGGUGAGCCGGAGGUGUUGGACCAGCAGAAGCAGCAGGUGACGGUAGACGAGGGGGCGGAGCUCUUCACCUACAAAGGUAACGACGUGGAGUCCUACGUGGCCGCCAGCUCGCCCGCCGGCCUCUACCAGCUGGAGCUGCUGUGCACGGAGAAGGACAGCAACUUCAAGGCGUACGCCAGCACCACGCCCGAGUCGGACCAGCCGUACCCGGAGCUGCCGUACGACCCGCGCGUGGACGUGACCUCGCUGGGCCGCACCACCGUCACCUUGGUCUGGAAGCCCACGCCCACCGGCUUCCUGAUGGGUCAGCCUGUCCAGUACUGCCUGGUCAUCAACAAGGAGCACAACUUCAAGAGCAUGUGUGCCGCCGAGGCCAAGAUGAGCGCCGACGACGCCUUCAUGGCGGCGCCCAAGCCCGGCAGGGACUUCAGCCCCUUCGACUUCGCCCACUUCGGCUUCUACCCGCCCGACGCCUCGGCCAAGGCGCGCGGCCCGGCCACCAACAAGAUCCCGCGCUCGUACGGCGCCAAGCCCAAAGACAUCCAGAAGGUGUGCAUCGGCAACAAGAACAUCUUCACCGUGUCCCAGCUGAAGCCCGACACGCAGUACUACUUUGACGUCUUCGCCCUCAACGCCGCCACCAACGCCAGCACCGCCUACGUGGGCACCUUCGCCCGCACCAAGGAGGAGGCCCGCCAGAAGACGGUGGAGCUGAAAGACGGCAAAGUCGCCGACGUCUUCAUCGAGAGGAAAGGCAGCAAGUUCCUGCGCUUCGCCCCCGUGUCCUCGCACCAGAAGGUGGCGCUCUUCCUGCACGCCUGCCUGGACGCGGUGCAGGUGCAGGUGCGGCGCGACGGCAAGCUGCUGCUCUCCCAGAACGUGGAGGGCGUGCGGCACUUCCAGCUGCGAGGCAAGCCCAAAGCCAAGUACCUGAUCCGGCUGCGGGGGAGUCGCAAGGGCGCCUCCACCAUGAAGGUCCAGGUCAGCACCCGGCCCGACAACAAGCAGCCCUUCCCCGCCCUCCCCGACGACACCCGCAUCAAGGCCUUCGACAAGCUCCGCACCUGCACCUCCGUCACCGUGGCCUGGCUGGGCACGGGCGAGCGCAACAAGUACUGCGUCUACCGCAAGGAGGUGGCCCACGACUACGGCGAGGAGCGGCGCCGGCGGGAGCAGAACCGCUGCACCGGCCCCGGCACCCGCGACAAGGCGGAGAAGGUCCUCUGCAAGUUCUUCCACAGCGACAACCCGCAGAAGGCCGUCACCACGGAAACCAUCGGCGGGCUGCAGCCCGGGAAGACCUACCUGCUGGACGUGUACGCGGUGGCACACGGCGGCCACGCCGUCAAAUACCAGAGCAAGCUGGUGAAAAGCAGGAAGUACUGCUGAACACACACCUCUUUAUUUAACUCUUCCACUGGGACUCAGUCGAGAGAUCCUGUAUAUUUAUGAGUUAUGUUAUGUUUACACUUCCUGUAAAGAUCUAUAACCUGUUGUUUAAAUUAUUUUAUACUUUGUAGCCACUCACACAUGUUAUUGUGACAUUCCAUCCUGUAACUCUACUAUUGUUACUGUGUGUGUGUGUGUGCGUGUGCUUGUGCGUGUGCGUGCGUGUGUGUGUGUGUGUGUGUGUGUGUGUCACAUGUAAAGUCG